GGUUGGCGACCGUCUGCUGCAGCGGCUGAUGCUGUCGAAGGACCAGAACCCAGUGGACAUCUCCAAGACCGGCAUCACGCUCCUCAACAACUUGGAGGGCAUGCUGCCGCUUCUGGUCGUGAUGGGCAUCAAGAACGAGUUCACCGAGAUCCCUGCAGCAGUCGCGGCGCUCACCACGUCUGGUAUUGUCUGGGUGGUCCUUAGCUGCAUGGUGGGCGUCGCGAUCAGCUACACAGGCAUCUGGGCGCAGAGCCUGAUCAGCGCCACCAGCUUCCUGGUGCUGGUCAACGCGAACAAGUUCGUCAUCAUCUUCAUCGAAGCUUUCUGCCUCAAGACGAAGAGCCUUGCGCCGAUCCAGGUCGUCGGCGCGAUCGUCACAAUCCUCGGGGGCGUCCUCUACGGCAAGGCGCGCGAGGCCCUCGAGGCCGAGAGCAGGGAGAAGGUGCCCCUGGUGGCCAAGAAGGACGCCUGCAAGGUCUGAGCGCCGGGCACCCGCGCCGGGGGACGCCAGCCGCGGCAGCCGCCCUCCUCGCCCCCCUCCCCUCCCUGGGAUCCUCGCUCCGGGGUCAAGCGUCAGGCCUGUAUGCCCGCGGAGGGGCGGCCGCUUAGGGCCGCUGAAGGAAUUCACCCUGAGGAGGGUUCACUCCAGAUCUAGCCCUCCUCGUGGACGCCCCUUCUUUUCGUGGACUUUGUGCUCGCCGGCCUCCAGAAGUCCCAAAUGGCAAAAAGCUGGCUGUUCGGGGUCUGCUCAAGCCGCCGAAGUUGGUGUCCCCCGACCAGCGAGAGCGUCCUGUGCCGCGCCGCUGCCUCAGCGCCUCUUACUGCUCCUGUUCCCCAGGAUGCAACUGCCAGGAGGCUAUCUCCAGCAUCGAGGCUGGUAUACAGUGGGGGCGCGCAUCAAGAAACCAUGUGCUUUUCGUCAGGGUAUCCUGG